CUCUAUGAGCGGAACGUUGCUGUGGCGAUAAUCGGCUUGUUGUUCGUUUUUUUAGAAACAUAUUGACAUUACACUUUUGUGCCAUUUAAUCUCUUUUGUUCUGAUUUAUCAGAGGACUAUCAGAAGAUCUGCAAUGUCUUCAACGGAAGACAGGGCCAAAGAGAUCCUGAAGGGCUUUAAGCUGUAUCCUUUACUGUGUGAAUAUUUCACUCCAUGAAGUGGCGGUUCCUAUGGAUCUGUCCAGAUGACCACUGAACCGCCAGCAGCUGCUGGAGACAUAAUUGGAUGAACCUUCGUGAUGCUGAGACAGGAAAAGUUUUGUGGCAGGGCACAGAAGAUCUCUCAUUACCAGGAGUGGAACAUGAAGCUCGGGUUCCGAAAAAGAUUCUGAAGUGUAAAGCUGUUUCCAGAGAAUUAAAUUUUUCUUCAUCUGAACAGAUGGAAAAAUUCAGGCUAGAACAAAAAGUUUUCUUCAAAGGACAGUGCUUAGAAGAAUGGUUUUUCGAAUUUGGUUUUGUCAUUCCUAAUUCAACGAACACUUGGCAAUCAUUAAUAGAAGCAGCACCAGAAUCUCAGAUGAUGCCAGCUAAUGUUUUAACUGGUAAUGUAGUCAUAGAAACCAAAUUCUAUGAUGAUGAUCUCCUUGUAAGUACUUCCAAAGUCAGACUUUUCUAUGUUUGAAGUGAAUUGUCUGCAGCUUAGUAUGAAAUGUCUUGCUGAUGGCAGAUGGAUGAGACACUUUUCAGCCUCGUGACCAAUGGAUCAGCUGUAUCUGGAUGGCAACUGGCAAAUUAGGUUCCUCAGAAAUGAUUUAGAAGAUUGAAGUAAGCAAGACUCAGCGCAAAAAAAAAAGACUCUUGUAAAAGAAGAAUGAGCAGUGACAGUACUGUAUUUUCUUGAGACCAAUGUUGUACAUUAUUUUAAUUGCUACUUGUUUUGCUUUGAAUCUGUAUACACUGCUUUGCUUCCAUAUUUAUAUAUGUAGUUGCACUUCAAGUUUAUUUAGCAGUUAGUCCAUGUUAAUUAGUUUCAUUCAUUGACAAUUGUGACAUAUCAUUGUAACAAAGUGUAAAAUACUCCUUGUAUGUUAUAUAGUUAUACUGAGAGGUCUGAGCAACAUUUCAGUCUGAUUGAAAUAAAGGCUGUUGCUUCUGUAUUUUACAGUCAAAUGUAGUUAGUUUGUACUGUAUAUAUUGGUGCAGUAAUAUUUUAUAACAUGUUUUCAGUUUAUAAUUUGUUUGCUAAGUUACAAUAUUAAACAAGUUAGCUUUGAAUAACAAUUUUAAGUAAAUCUUUUUUUAAAUCUAAGGAUUUUCUUGGGAUAAUGUUGCUGUACUGUUAGAGAUACAAUAUAAAGUAUAUCACUGGGAGGUAGGAAAGAUCACUUAUCCAACAGAAAGUUAACUGCUGUGAACCAGUGCAUUUUGUUAGUAAUCUAAUUGUCACUCUUCCCAGCAAUUUUACAUAGGUAGUAUAGUUUUCAUCUUGAAGACCAAAAUUAAGAAAGCAUUAAAUAUUUUUUCCAGGAAUGCUAAUUUCAUCAGAAAAUCAUCUAGACUGUAAUUCAAUAUGUAAACAAGCUCUUGUUCCUCUUGUUAUCCUCUCUUCCUUCGAUAGUCUGACCAGCUGUGAUUUCCUGUUUGAGAAUUUUUCCUUUGUAAUUCCUUAUAGUAAAAUAACACAUUGGCUCACCAAAUCAGUUGUCAAAUUUCAGUGGAAUAGAAAUUGUAAAAUUUAAUUUGAUGGAUUUAUUAUUUUAGGUCUCUAACAAAUUUUCCUCAACUAGCCCUUCAUCAUCCAAAAUGAAGGCCACACAUUGAUGAUGACUAUUCAGUGUCUGUACCUUAUUUGGACAAAUAAUAUUUAAGAUACUUACUACUUACAAGCUUUCAGAGGAACAUGUAUAAACUAUUUUGUUGGACAUGCUCUUAUUGCAAUUUCCUCCUGCAUGUUGUGGUUUUGUACUCUUAAUAGAACUUGGGUGUUGUAUGUUUAACAUUAAGAUAUAUUUAGACAAAUCUGGGACAGAUUGCUGUCCAUGAACAGUGGGUAUAAGUUCCUUUCAGCAUGCUGACUCUGCCUAAGCCUAACUAUCUAUCUAGAGAAACUGUUUUCCACUCCAACAACAAAUUCAUUGUUGAGUCAAUGAAUCCACACUUUAUUUGAUUUCUUGUUUGCUUCUUGAGCAGCAGGAACAAAAAAGAGAAGAUAAUCAGUUGGGAUUAAAUGUUUAUUAUUAUUGCACACUGGAGAUCUUGACUAUGACCUUUUGUUUGCUGAAGGGGAAUGUAUUGUGCACCCAGCUUGUCUUAUAAAGAUCUGUCUCUCAGGGUACAGGUUUAUUUGUAACUAUCCAUUUUAAUAGUUUGAAUGAUAUUUAUAGAUUAAAUGUGAGUUAUUGAUGGCUGGCUAUGACUUUGCUUUGAAACUAAUUUUCUAUUUGAAUUUACAGCAUAUAUAUUUUGAAUGAUUUAAGCAGAAAUUACAUGUUUGAAGCUGUUGAUGUGAGAUGACAGUGAACAACAAUGAUUUUAGCUGGCAUGAAUUGAGUUCAACACUGGCCUGUGAGUGACAUUCAGCUAUUAAUUUCUGAAUCAACUUGAUACAUCCGGUUAAUGGAAACCAGCACUUUGUGGAAUGUACUUAAUGUGGGAGGAUCUGGAAACCAUAAAUCCAGGCAAGAAGAGCUUCUAUUGGCAUUACUUGAUUUCCCACCUCACAGCUCUCAAGGGAAGAGGGAAAUGUAGCAGUAACAUUGGAUAGCUAUCCACAGAUCAGAAAAAUAUGAAACUGGUGAAUGGAAAAUGCCCUCUCUUGCAUACCAUGCUGAAGAGUUCCCAGUUAUUCUGGAGGUUUUAAUUUACCUGUGUCGAAGAUAAAAGCACACAGCCUGAGAUGCAAGAGAGAGAAAGAAAUCACAAGCAGUAUGUUAAAUUGGCUGCAUGAAAAUAAGGGGGAGCAGAAGAAGAACUGUUGCUGUUAAAAGAAGAUGCGAAGUAUUCUAUUGGUGGAAUAGAUGACUGUGAACAGUGGGGAAUUUU